AUGACAGCACUUAGAUCUCUUCAAAUAGGCAUUUGACGGCAGUUGUGUUACUUUUAGGCCACAAGUUUUCUGUUCAUCACUAACUUUUUAUAAAGCUUUAGCCCGUGAGCUCUAGUAUGAAUCUGAAAGUUUAAUAACGCAUUAAACGCGGACAUUGAAGCGUCUUCUUUCAAAUACUUGAACUGUUUUCUAAGAAGUUUGAAGUUGACAGGAGUAUAACUUAUGGCAGCACCAAAUCGCUAUAGACGAGUGAGAUCUCAGCUUCCAACAUGCUAUUACGAAGGAUUUCUGGAAAAGAAAUCGAUCAAAGACAAGAUGGGUCGAAAACUCUGGACCAGUUUAUGUGGCAAUGUACUCUUUUUCUACAAUAACACCAAAGACAGUGUUUAUAUAGAGAAGCUGGAGCUCUCUGAUCUCGUCUCCGUGAAUGAUGACUGCUGUCGUGACCGAAACCUGGACGCUGCUAGAUUCACUCUGCACAUGAAAAAUGAAGACGUCAAGAUGAUUGCCCCAAGCCUUGAGGCCCGUGAACUGUGGAAAGGCUUCAUGCUCUCAGUUUCUAAGCUGUCUAUGCCAAGUUCUCUGAACCUGCUGCCUGGUCAGAUUCACAUGAUGAAGGAAAUAAUAGAGAAAGAGAAAAUAAGGCAGCGGCUUCUUUCAUCUCCUCCACCACCCUCGGCUUCUGACAAUUAUGUUACUGUACAGUCAGACAUGCCUUCGUGUUAUCGUAAUGUCACUCGUGUCGAAGCUGAAUACUUGUUGGAUAGGAACACUGAUUGGGGAAACUUACUGCUGCGGCCGGGUCAUGAUGGGACGUCUUUUGCCCUCACUACACACCAAGAUAUUAACGGCAGACCAGUAUUCAAACAUUAUCGCGUGUCUCGGAGGCAUGAAGGAGGAUUCGCCAUUGCCCUUGAGACUCCUAUCACCUGUGAGACCCUGCAUGAUGUCGUUAACUGCCUGCUGGAGAAGACCAAUGGAGUUUUGGUGCCUCUUCUGAUGGAGGAACACUAUGAGAAAAAUAUCACAUUUUUUGAGACCGAUAAGGAGAAUGGUGAGAGAAAUGUGCAUUGUCCCAAAGUCCCUUUGCCUACUCCUCCAAUGCCUCCCCCAAAACCAGCAUUUGCUGAGACCGAAAAUGAGAAUGGUGAGAGAAAUGUGCAUUGUCCCAAAUGCCCUUCGCCUACUCCUCCAAUGCCACCCCCAAAACCAGUCCCAAGGAAUCAAAGAUUCCAGUCAGAAGCAAACACACAUGAAAGCACCUACCUCAAUGUCUCAGAUGUUGGAGAGUAUGAGGUGGAUCAGGCAGCAAGUCCUCCACCUCCUGUCCUGCCACAUCUUCCAGCAGGACGAUAUUUACCACAUCAGAAUUCAGUGUCUCCAGAAUUAAACAGUAGUUCAGAUGGUGAAAGAAAAGCUUUGGUACCUCCUGGCUACUCUAAAACAACUUCCCGAAGCAACAGUUUGUCAAGCAUGCCUAAGAAUAUUCCCAAGAGUGAGCGGCAACAUGUUGACAUACAUGAGCUCCAAGAGGUUCUUAAUAGGAGACGAAACCAGGAAUAAAUGUAAUCUCAGCAAGAUUUCAUUGUGGAACGAGGAAUCAUUCCUUAGUAUUAAGCUCGUCUUAAAUCUAUACUAUACAGCUUUACUCGCCUGAACACUGUAUCUGUGAUAUUUGCCCACUGCUGUUCAGUUGGAUCCACAAAUAGGCCCUUGAAUCAAAUUUUCUUUAUUGAUCCUUUCAGCGUUAUGAUGUAUUAGUUAUCACAAUCAUUUAUUAGACAAACAUAUCGAUCAUCAUGUGUUGCAUUGCAUAGCUGCUGACUGUAAAUCACUACUGCUGUUUGUGAAGUUAUUUAGAUGAAAAGUCACAUUUAAAUAUUUUGUCUUCAAUUCCUGUGUGUCAGAUAGCUGGUCUAUGUCUCCGUUCUCUGUCUCUGAUCAUAAAAAUAUCAAGCUUGCUAUAAUCACAAAUGGUUGUUGAUAAUAUGUUGAUCUAUAUUGUGACUUUACUAUGUGGGGAAGUUGCAGGUCUUCUUUCUCCAGAUCUGAGAAACAGAUCAAACAAAUGUUGUUUUUCUGUUCCUGUUAAAACGUGUUUUAUACUAUAUAUUUUGAGAAUACAUUGAUCAUGGGAAAAAC